AUCCGUGAAACGCACGCCGAUCAGUCGCCUCGCACUGCUCGACGAGAAGAACGUGAUUUGUGUGUGUGUGUGUGUGAUCUGAGAACUGCGAGCGUCGAGCGUUCGAGCAUUGCCCAAUUCAUUAUUUUGUAGCGCUUAUCGCCAUGGGCACGCCUACAUUACGCCUGUUCCUGGUGCUUGUCUGCUGCGCAUGCAGCUGGACCGAGGCGCUCCAAGAGCCCACAGUGCCAACCCAAGCUCCGCCGGCUCCCACGCUCUGGAGAGGACGCAACUAUCGACCGCAUCAUGCCACGCCUACAGUGGCGCCCACUGCUGCCCAGCACAGCGAGAUAAAGCAGCUGAUGACGAACCUGCACGAUCGUGUCGGCAUCUUGGCGACCUUGGAUGAGGACCAGCGCCAUCGCCUGGAAGUGAUCGAUAAGAAAAUCGAUCAGCUGCUGGACAGCAAUACGGGUCGCAUGGAGUCGCUGAAGGCGCAGCAGCUCAAUUUCCAGCAGCGCCUGGACAGCUUCGAGCACAUCCAGCGCCUGACGCGGCACACGCUGGACGAGCUGAAAGGUGAAACCGAUCAAAUUCUGGGACCUCGCCAGGCCCGAGAGCUAAGCCACAAGCAAAAGAAUCGCAACAAGAUGCGGGAACUCUCGCGCCAGACACGGGACAUACCUGAGCAGCACAUGGACCUCUUCUACCGGACGGAGAGCCCGCCGACGACGCAGGGCAGGUCGAGCAAUGGAACGGAACUGGAUGUGGCCAGUCGACUGGAUGCGCUGGCCACCUUCCUCGUCUCGCUGGCCUACAACGUCAAGGAGACGCAGCAGGGCGUGGCCAAGCUGCUGCAGAGCACCAACAACAUUCGCCGACGCUUGGCCAACCGUAAGCCGCAGUCCGCUCUGCCGGCACAGGGCGUGGCGCCCGUGGAGGAGCAUGCCACCAGCUGCCUGCAGUCCUACCUGGCCGUGAACGGGAUCCUCAAGCUGCAGCUGACGCCGCAGAGCGACGCGUUCUAUGUGCCCUGCCAGGACGACGGCUGGACGGUGGUGAUGAAUCGCAGCUCGGACGACGUCAGCUUCGAGCGCAGCUGGCUGGACUACAAGGAGGGCUUCGGCAACAUCGCCGGCGACUUCUUCAUCGGCCUGGACAAGCUGCACGCCCUGACCAGCUCCACGCUGCACGAGCUGCGCAUCUGGAUGCAGGACUUUGAGAACAACGUGGCCGUCGCCGGCUACGAUUCGUUUGCCAUCAGCGGCGAGCGGGAGCUCUAUGCGCUGAGCCUGCUGGGCCGCUACCAGGAGCACCUGCAUCCGCCCGCUGGGGACUCGCUCUCCUACCACGCCGGGGCCAAGUUCAGCACCUUCGACAGCGACAACGACAACUGCCUCGAGUGCAGCUGCGCCCAGCGGCACAAGGCCGGCGGCUGGUUCAAUGCGUGCGGCACGAGCAACCUGAUGGGCGUCCACUACAGCAAGGACUACCAGCGCGCCGGCGAGACGGGCAUCUACUGGGACACGUUCCAGGGCAAGGACUACUCGCUGCGCCGCAUCAAGAUGCUCAUACGCCCCAUAGUCCAGGACGAGGCCAGGCGCUAGCCCCGCCCCCGGCCUUCCGCCUGCCGCUAGCCACAGCUGCCAUACGUCAGGGAAUCUAACUGUAACUCCAACUCGUACUCCACUCCGCUGCCCCUCGCCCCCAUUGUGCGCGUGUUUUAUUUAUGGAAAAUCACCUAAUGUACCCUAGUUAAUAAAGUUGCCGUGUGUACUCAGA